ACGCAAACACAGAAACGCCGUCGAGCGAACGAACGUGUAUGGUGGUUCCGAUGGUUGAAGCGUACCGUUCUGCUACCAUAUCAGUUACAACCGUUGCCGUAUGAAGUAGUACGCAACACCGUACGGAAAGCGUUCCCUUAUUGCGUGGCCCUCGGACAAGAACUAGAACUGAACCAAAAACCUUCUACGUGCAAGGAGCAAUAGCAAGAGUUAGAGAAGAACCUCCAUUUCCGUUUUGAGUUUCGCGGCUAGUUCUCGACGUCUUGUUUUGCAUUUCUUGCUGGAGCUUUUCUUUAACCUCGAGUGCCUGUGUGUGUGUGAGUGCGUCCGUGUCUUCUAUCCGCGAGACAGCUGUUUCGCGUCUUUUAUUGCGUUGCGGUCGGCUGAACUUCCGCUGCCAGGCAAGCAGAGGUACGGAUAUGGAGUACGUGUGAACCGCGUGUGUUUUUGAAUGCUGCCGAAAGUUUGGUGAAGUGUGCUUUGCGAAAGAUCGCUCACUGCCGUGCUCUGGAAAGGUGUUGCAGCUGAACCAGGGUGUUAAUAACCUGGAAAGUCUUCCACGCGUUCUAGAACCCCCCACGCCCCUGAACGGUGGACGAUGGUCUUAAAGUGUUGCCAAAAGCGUGAAUCCACCGAAGUUGUGUGCAUUGUCGAUGGUGUUCAGCGUUACCUAGCGACGUCCAGUUUCGCCGCCACAGUGUUCUACUUGCAGCCAUUCCCGAUAGUGGGUGCGUUUCGGUGCGCAAAGUUAGCCCAGAACCUCGCGGGUGUGCGGGAAGUUGAGUGCCCUUAUUACUCUUUUUCGGGGUCAAUAUCCGGUGCCCGGUACUCCUCCGGCUCAGAGUUCGGUGAAGAUCGCGCGCCGCACAGUGGUGGUGUGUAGUGUACAGUUUGCCCCAAGCAAGCAAGCCUCCAGCAGACAUUUCUUGGACUGUGGCAAAAUUCUCGUCGAAACGGGAAAAACAGAGCGAGAGCCGCCGUGCGAUACGAAGCGAAAAGUUGGAGAGAAACUGUGCAGAAUUUCCAAAUGGUACAAUAGUACGGACAGAGACAGGCAGAGAAAAGACAGGCUAGAGCGUACGUUUUUCCGCGUACUACAAGCAGAGAGCCAGCACAGCACAGUAACAGCAGCCAUACAACAGUCGUCGAUUGAAGUGGACUAAGCGACAGAGGAGGAAAAUAUUUUACAUUUGCGCUCAAUCCAACUACUACCGUCAACCCCAGGUGUCGUCUGUGUGUUUUUGGGGCUAGAAGAAGGAACAAGUAAAACCAAACCAACAAACUCGGAAAAGCCGGAGGAGCCUAAAUACUAUCGCAGAAGGGUGACAUUGGAGCGAGUGUACCGCAACGCUACUACUACCAAUGUCUGUAUGAUCUGUCUGUUGAUCGUAGUGUGCAUUGUGUUGCCUAGGGAAGGAUUCGUAACCUCAGCGUGCAUCAGCUAGCACAGUGACCGGUAGUUGUUCGACGGAGGAGUGGUGUAUAAUUUUAAGGCGAAAACUCUAGCAACGCUCAAGCAAACAUUUACCGUUCCUAAAGACACGGGCGAAGAUCUCCUGGUCGAAUCCUUGGUUGGUGCCGACAAACCUUCAUCCAUCCCGGUUCUAUCCUGCCAGCAGCUUCUCACGGCAGGAGACGAAUGCGAAUAACGUUCCUGUUCGAUCUACUAUUUCAGGAGGCGGCCAACGGAGGGCACGCGAACGGGCAAUCAUCAUCGGCGUCCUCUUCGUCGUCCGGAAGUGGCACAAUGGUGAAAACGUUCCAAGCCUACCUGCCGCCGACGAAUCGAACGUACUCCUGUGUCCACUGCCGGGCACACCUAGCUAGUCACGAUGAGCUUAUAUCGAAAUCGUUCCAGGGCAGCCAGGGACGGGCGUAUCUGUUCAACUCGGUGGUUAACGUAGCGUGUGGGCAAGCCGAGGAACGCGUCCUACUGACAGGCCUACAUGCCGUGGCCGACAUAUACUGUGAAUGCUGCCGAACACCGCUCGGAUGGAAAUAUGAGCAUGCGUUCGAAUCGAGCCAGAAGUAUAAGGAGGGCAAGUAUAUCAUCGAACUGGCGCACAUGAUCAAGGAGAAUGGUUGGGAUUGAUUUGCGUCGCCGGUGCGGCGCACCCGAACCAGCAGCAACAGCAGCAGCAGUGGUGGCAGCUCAUCGGCGAUAAACUAACCCGAACAGUCCAACCAACUCCACACGCAGUCCGCAGCUCAUGCCAAUGUUCCUGGGUACUUUCGUGCUGUACCGAUGGCUUUUUGAUUCACGAAUUUCACACAGCUGGCUACGUGAUUCGAUUGCUCAGAGAGGAUAGUGACGGGCACGAGGCACCGCUCGGGAACACGGUUGGUCUCGGUCUGCGUACGUUUGGAUGGUUCCCUAGCGUAUGAUAGCGUUUAGUUUAAUUUCCUUCAAAACAGUCUUAUUAAGCUAGUUUUAUCACACUAGAACAUCAUUUCCUUUUUAUCCCAUCGACUGGUUUUUUUUGUUCUUGUUGGUUCAUUCAAUCCCCGUCCCAUGAAUGGGCCUGGCUGGGGAAAGAAUUUAAAAAAAAAAAAAGCUCGUUAGGAUGUUAAAAAAGAGAGGGUUUCCAGCGAAUUUCUAUCAAUACUGCCCUUGCGUUUUUUGGAAGGUCGGAAAAUAACUAGCUACCCCCUACCGCCAGCGUCGUGAUAACCAAUACAACUCCUGCCCUUGUUUUUUCGUUUCGUUUUGUCUUACGGAAGGGACAUUUGAAAGCGGGGGGGUUGAUCCUCGUUUGCGUGCAUGUGCGUGCGCCCGGAUCGUAUUCAGAUGAAUGAUUAGAGCUCCCCGUUAAGAGGGAUGGCGGAUUUCCUUUUUUUACUAGUAGCGUAAGAUUGGAAAACACACACGAUUAACAGCUGAACAAAACUACACCGAGAAGCGUGCAUGAGCUUUCGGAAGAGCAAAAUCGUUUACGAAAUGUGCGACUGCAUGGUAUGUCUGAGAUUUGUGAAGCAAGCGUACGGAAGCGAGAGUGAUAUUAGAUUUAGCUAACACGAUAGAGAGAGAGAGAGCGAGAUGCGACGAAGAGAAGAGGAGAUGAAUAAGAGAAAAAUAAGGAAAUCAUUUAACAUUUAAACAAUGAACAAAAAAACAGAAAAAACUCAUAAAAUAUGCUACAUGAUCCUUAAAAUCAAUAGGACAAACCCACUGAGCUCGUGCUGAUGAAACUGAUUCACACUCACACUUGCACGUGUGGUGAGGGGAUUUGGGAUGAAAGCAUCAUUCGUAUUUUAGUCGAAAUAUACAAAACAACAGGAAACAAACAAAAAUCUAAUCAACACGCGAUUUUAAGGUUAAGGCUUUAGUUUUAUAUUUUUUUGUAAAGACAGACUUCUCCUUUAUGCAACACAACAACACCGGUAACCGGAUUAAGCUGUGUGUGUGUGUGUGUGUGUGUGUGUGCGUGAAUGUGCGUGCGUGCAAUAAGUGCGAUAGGAAUGCAAGAGUGGUGUGGAAUGAUCGUGAUAGCUGUAUAAGGACUCAAACACUGUGACACUUGGUUUUUGGAGAAGAAAAAAGGUACACGAACAGAAGCGAGAUGAGAAUAAUCAAAAAAACAUCAAAACAGGAGAAGAGAAAAGAAGUAAAACUGCAAAACAAUACAUUUAUUUCCCUUUUUUCACCCAAACAUUAUAAAACAGUUGCUAAACAAAAUGGUGAACACUGAAAACCCAAACAGGAAUCGAAAAGUUGAAAAAUCGUAAAUCAAUUAACAGAAUGUGAGAGCGAGAAAGGGUGUGAAAUGUGAUGCGUGUGAUGUAAGAAGGAUGUGCAAAACAACCGGAUAAGUGAGCUUGUGCGUGCGCGUGUGAUAAGUGCGAUCUAACUAACCACCCCUCUUCGGCGCUGAAUUUCGAUUCGGACGCUGGUCCCAAAGCGUCCCCCUCGCCCCCCCCCCCCUUCUAAACAUCCUUUUUAAAACUGUGUAUGUGAUCUAACUACUAGUUAUUAGGCUACCACCCUUCGUUUCCUUCGUAUGUGUGUUGAAACGCAGAUCAGAAAAUUUGAACCCGAACAUGGAACCAUCGUAACGAUUGCUGAUAGAAAACAAAACAAACAUGAAAGUGCAUCAACCGAGUGCGGAAAAGCGGUAGAAAAUGCAAAACUGCACCGUACGAAACAAAACGAUAGCAAAACAAAAGCUACAGAAUCUGUCCACAGGAGUGCAGCUGUUACAAGUUGUUGGAAGUGAAGUGAUACUGCCCAUCGAGGAGUUCGGUCACAGCAUUAGGUUCUAACGAUACCAUAACGCUAAACAGUAGUUUAAACUGAACUAUCUAAUCUACGCAAAACAACACAAUAUGGCGUGGCUGCGAGAGAAGAAAGUGAAGCAGAAGAAACAAACAAAACAACAACUACUGCCAAUAGAACCAAUUCAAAAUAUGGAACGAUGUUAUGUAUGUGUGUGUGUGUGACAAAAACACUUGCUAGCCGGACAUGUAAAAAAGCAACAGGACACAAAGCAUAAACGAACACAUAAAACCGCCUAUAAACAAUAAGACACAUCGUGUUUGCGCCUUUCCUUGCGUGUAUCGGGGGUUGAUCAAUCGAAAUGAUCGAACCCUCGGACGCAUUGGAUGUGCGAUACGAUGACGGAUGUAGCUUUGUCGGUGUUUUUGUGCAUCUUGUGUGCCUAGCGCCUAAGGUACUCGGUGAACUUCUUGUAACGAAAAUGUGAACUUGUCUUGUUUCACUGCUUCGUUUUAAACUCCAAAAUGAUCUCCCUUAUGUUUUCUGUUUUCUUAUAUUCUUUAUCGUUUUAUUUUACUUUAUUUUCAUGUUUUUUCUUCUAUUGUUUUGUGUUGUUUCUUCGCAACACAAUGCUUAUGAAAAGUUUUAUAUGUUAUUUUUGUAUUUUUUUUUCUAAACUAACUUUUUUCCUAGUGGCAUCUUUCAAAUGUGCAGUGAAUUUUUUUCUAUCCUUUUUUUUUUUGAUAAGUGAUUUGACUAAUGUGAUGUGUGCGAUAAGCGUGAAUCGGUGUAUGUGAUGCUGAAUGGUGGCUGUAUGCGAGUGAAAACAUGACGGUGUGGAGCAGGAUAAAGGGGAAGAGAGGGAGAGAGAGAAAGAGAGAGAGAGAGAGAGAUAGAAAACGAGCAGCAAACUCAAUGCAAUUCCUACGUUUUUUUGUAUUAGAAGCAGAUUUUAUAUGAAAUACCAUGUACUGUGUUAAAACGAUGCGUUACAUGCAAGUACUUUAUCGGUGGAAAAAAAACCCCUAAAGGCUCAAAUCGAGCAUUAUUUUUGUGAAGCCACAGCUACAAGAAAACGGAUUAUUAUAUAGUUUAAAGCAAACAAAAAGGAAGUGAUUUAUUUCAGCACUUAAUAACGAUUGCACCCAUUAUGAGUCGGUGUGGGUUUCCUCGAUUUUUUCCCCCUUUCGUUCUGUUGUGCAAUGGAAGAUUCUUAUUAGAUUUUUCUCAUCGCUGCCGUUUGGUGGGAUGAUAUAGAAGCAGAGAGAGAGAGAGAGAGAGAGCGAGCGAGCGGGACAACGAGAGAAGGAUAGGCGAGCGACCCAACAAUAAGCCUCGGUUGGAUAAUAAUUUUAAAUUGCAUCGGUUUCGCAAAUUUGUUCUAAUAUCGCCGAAAGCUAGAACAGUGAAAUAUUAUGUUUAACUGUCGUAAGAAAAAAAGAUAAAACCCAAAAAAAAAACAAAACAAACAAUGCAAAAGUGAUCGAAACUAUACGCUAAAGAAAAAUUGGAACAGAAAACAUGAAAGUGGGAAGCAGAUUAAGCGAAGGAAAAAAGAUUAAAAAAAACACAAAAAAUCUAAACAAAAAAUUAACACAACACAAAUACACACACACAUACAAGGAAGGAGCGAAGAAAGAAAAUGAAAAAGGAAAUAGACGAAAUGGAGAAGGGGAGAGAUAGAAAAAAAAACAACUACAGAAUAAUUACUUUAUACACUUUGUAGGCUGUAAGAGAUAUAUACAAACGAGGUAAAAUUACUAGAUAAUACGUUGAAUACUGCGAUAUGCGCGCGAAAAAGAGGAAGAGAGGGAAGCAAAAAGCCCCGAACAGAUCGAUGGAUAACGUGAGGAUGAAAGAGAUAAAAUUGUGUGAGUGCGGUAAGAAGCACGGUAGGAAGCACGAAAAAUGCAAAGAAAAAAAAAACAAGCAAAAAAAGUCUUAAAAAAACUAUUAAAUAAAACACUUAACUGUUUCAGUAAAUUGUUGUUUUAGUUUUCUAUACUUUAUUCUUUAUUCUUGCUUGAUUGUUGGCAGUUGGUUUUAUCUCGUGAUGCUUUUUUUUCGUUUAAAAUAUUUUUCUGUUUUUAUAUUAUAUUCAUCAUCUGGUCACCUUUGUUGUGUCAUUUUCUCAUCUUUAACAUACUCCUUUUUUGUUUUCUAUUACUCUUACCUUUAUUUAUUCAUUUUCCUUUUUUAAUAUACUCGAACCUCACUUAAAACACACAUUUAUAAAAUCCAUAUUUCAUAUCGUGCAGUAGAAAAUCGGCAAACCGUUUGCAUUUAGAAGCCAAAUACUUAUCGCCUCAUUAAACACAUACACGGUGCGAAAUAGUUUUAAGCGCAGUCACGGCUCUACUCGUCCAUUACACGUGCAUAUAGCUCUCACUGUUACACGUCGUUAUCGUCGUCGUCGUCGUUGCCAUGUUUAUCAUAAUCAUUCUCAUCAUCACCGUCGUCGUCGUGUAGUGUUGUGCUUGAUUGUAGCCGCAGCGAACCAGCGAAUCGUAUUGAUGUCGCAUAGUGUAUGGUAGAUUAAUCGAAUUGAGUAGUGAGAUCGGGGUAGAUCGAUAGCAUAAAGUCGAAACAAGUAGAACCAAGUCAGGCAACGUUACGGAGUGUCGGCCAUGUCAUAUACCGAGUGUACACAUGUUUAAAACAGCAAUCGAAGUUUUUUUUUUAAACAUGGAGACACUUGUUAUAUUAUUUGGGAAACGUGCCCUCUAACAGUGUCAUAACGAGAGGCGAAAAAAACGUACGAUCGUCCUUUUGUGGAAGGUGAUCGCUUCUGUUACUUUUGCUAAUACACGAUCGAAUUAGCGAACCAAAUAAACCCCCUAACACGGUAUAGCUUUCGCAAACGAGAUAGGCUAGCGAUAAAUUUAACGUGAUCGGAAUAGUCGCCGUGUGAGACAAGGCAUUGCACACAAAGGAAAGUGAUAAUAAUUUAUACAUCUUCAAUUCUUUUGUUAAGUAUCUCUUCCGCAUACAGGCUUCACCACAAUCAUCACCUCCACUUGACUGAUUGCUCUCACUGAUUUAUUUGCAAAAAAGGAACAAAAAAAUGGAUACUAAUUUAAUUUAAUAAUUUAAACGUUUUGAAACAAAAGUUAUAAAAGUAUUAUUAGCAGAAGGUAAAAGGUGGAAAAGUCAGCUAAAAAAAAUUGUGAUAUUUCAAAACCAAGAUAGAAGAAAGAUAAGUAAAAGGGUAGAACAAAAAAAAACGGACGAACCAGAUUAAAACAUUUUGAUUAAUUUAACCAGAAACGAGACAUGCAAAACGAAUCAAUAGUUGGUGCUGAUACUGAUACGCAAACACGAGAUUAUCAAGGUGAGAACGGAAAAAAAACAAGGGAUCGUUACUAUUACGGGGCAAAUCUUAUUCGGGCCUUCUGUUUGGAGUACGAGGAUAAUAAUAUUACUACCACUACCGAUGUAGCCUGUAGUGAUUUAAUGCGUCAUGAUUGUGCGUGUGCGUGUAUGUGUGUUUAUGUGUGUCGGGAGGUUCCGGUGGUCUUAUUUGUUUUUUUCCGGGAUGCAAAACGAGUGGAACACACGAUCGAUCGAUAUUCCAGCAGCCAGCGCGCGUGGAUUAGAUUUUCCCCGGACGAUGAGAAGGUUGUUCGUUCCUGUGUGUUGUUGAUAAGUGAUUUGAGAGUGGAAUCAGAUGCUGACAGCUGGUGCCUGGAGUGGGUGUUUGAGUGUGAGUGAUUUUUUUUUGUUACGUUAGUUGGUUUAUCACACACAAUUAUUCUGGACGUGUCAAUUGUGAUUAAAUGGAAAUAGCAGAGAAAAUAAGGAAAAAAUAGUUGGAAGUUACAUUUGUGUUUGAAAAUUAGUAACAAAACAUAAAACUCAACCUUAAAAAAAAGAAACAAAAAGAGAGAGAAAAAGAGAAGGAAAAGGAAAAGAAGCAAGUGAUACAAAGGUGAACAAUGAAGUGAACAGGAAAAAACCCUUAUUUCCUACACAAACCAUUACAAGUUAAGCAAAACCGACCAAAAAAGUAGCAAAUCAAGGACAUAGGAAGAAGAAAAAAACAAAAACAGAAACAAAACAGUGAUGAAAAAGAAACGUUUAAUAAAGAAGGCACAUCUCAUUUGGCUAAACUUGCAAUAGAAAAUGGAGAAAAGGUCGAGACAGUAGCAAAAAAAAAACAGAAGAAGAAACAUAUUUACAUGAAUCAUCAACCGAAACAGAAAAAGGAGGAAGCAAACAAAAAGGUGAUUACGAUAGUAAAACAUAAUAGAAACAAACAGAAAAGAGUGAGCAGUUUGAAUGGCGAAUGGCGAAGGAAUGGUGUGAAAAACUUGUGAAGGGAUUUUUUUAAACAUUCUAUUUUUCUACAAAUAAUUUCUAUUUUCAAAUCACACAAAAUAGAACGGUAAUAGAGAGAGAGAGUGAUACGGGAAGCCUGAAAAUUGGCGCUAAUAAAAAAUUAUACUCAAAGUUGUAUAAGGAACAAGGGGCGAAUCUGGGAAACGAACAGUUGGAAAAGUUGGCGGAAAAGUUUGUAAAGUAACAGGCUGACUGCUGGAAUCGUUGGAAUUUUUGAAUGCGAGACAAAUCACGUCUGUGGUGAAGUGAGCAGAUAGAGCGAAAAGGACCAGAAUUUAAAAAAAACCGGAAAAAGGGGAGGCACCUCAAACAAUGUUGCAGUCACUUGAAAGUAUUACGAGAAUUAAAUUGCAUUAGCCGAUUUGCUUCACGGGUUUUUUGGCACAGGUGUCGAUCAAGAUCCACCUUGAAAUUGUGUUUCCCACUCACUUGGGGAAAGAAAUAAGAAGAAACAAAUCGUUUGAAACUCGUCCUAAAAUUAGUAAAUCAAGCUUUGACAAAGGGUAGUACGAAACGAAAGUAGUACGAAAAAGUAAGAAAAAAA